AUGAGUACGUUAAGCUGGAACUGUUGUGGCUUGGGCAAUCCACAAACAGUUCGACAGAUUGUGGACCUGGGGUCCCGUAAGAAGCCAGAUUUUGUGUUCUUAAUGGAAACCAAGGUGGCACGGAUACAUGCUGAGCGGAUUCGUGUUAGUCUUGGGUACGAGGGGUUAUUUUAUGUUAACAAUGAUAGGAUGAGUGGUGGUAUGGCUCUAUUGUGGAAAAAGAAUAACACGGUACAAUUGUUAAGUUAUUCUAAGAAUCAUGUGGAUGUGGAGGUACAGAUUGAGGGGAAGCAAUGGCGGAUGACAUGUUUUUAUGGCUUUCCAAAGUGGAACGAGAAGAGGGACUCAUGGAAUUUGUUGCACACGUUGAAGGGUAGGUCCGCGUUGCCGUGGGUGGUGGUGGGGGAUUUUAAUAAUCUCUUGUUCCAGCAUGAGAAGAGAGGUGGAAACCCGUAUCCUGAUAAUCUCCUACGUGGUUUUGGGGAGGCAAUUGAUGAAUGUGGGUUGGCCCAGAUGCCUAUGAGGGGGCAUCAAUUCACAUGGGAGAAAGGCAAAGGCACGCAGAAUUGGAUUGAGGAAAGACUUGACAAGGUGUUGACCACAACGAGUUGGAAUGAUAUUAAUCGUCAUGCAUGGCUGGAGAAUAUUCGAACUAGGGCAUCGGAUCACUCGAUUCUUUUCCUCAACAUUAAUGCACCAUGCAUACCGAGGAGAGGAAACCCGAGGGGUUUUCGGUUCGAGAUGGCCUGGCUUUUAGAAGAAGGCUGUAAAGAGGUUGUGGAGACUGCCUGGAAGGAUGGUAAAAUUGAGGGGCUGCUUGGGUGCCAACGAUAUUGUGGAGAGAAACUCAUGCGAUGGGGUGGUGAACGUUUUCAUAAGUUUGGAAAACGUAUUGACUAG